CCGCACGCUCGCAGCUCCUCAGCUCGCUCGCGGCUUCGAGGGCGUUGGUAAGGGCCAUGGCUUCGUCGGCGAGGGCGUUGGAGUGGAAGUUCUCUCAGGUGCUCGGAGAGAGGCAGCCUGGCGAGAAGGUCGACGAGAUUUUUGUUUUAGAGGAAAGCAAAGAAAAGGCAGCAAGCUGCAUGUUGAUUUUGGAUAAAGCUGGAGUUUUACAGCUCAAACAAGCAAUUUAGAAACCAGGUUAUUGGAUCAAUCAUUCAAUUUUAUCAAGAACUGCGCUUUGCAGAUAGCUGUCGAGAUCCGAGAAUGCCAAAGCAGAACUAAUGACAAUGGCGCAAAUAAGGGAGAGUUGCGUCUUCGUUGCCCAAAACUGAUGGAAUUUCUUUUGUCAUUCCUGGUAACUGAAAGCCAUGCCUGACAAAAGAUAUUGAGGAUUUUUCUGAUCGUCUGUCUACGAGGUGAGGUCAAAGCACCAAGCAAUAAUCUUCCAGCCUCAUUGACCUCUAGGAAAAGUGCAGAAAAGAUGUUCAGAUGUUUCAAGACCUUGCCUUUACAUGAUCUGUAAAGCCUUCAUAUGGGGAAUGUCAUAGGACUACUGAUAAUUUCAUGAACAAGGUGGAAUUGAGCCUGCCCCAAUAAGUUUCUCAAAAGUACUAUGCGUUGGGAACAAUCCCCUGGUUGGAAGUUUCUCAACAGUCCAUCCCUUGUUGGAACUGCUGGACUCUCACCAUGUCAAUUAGAAUGAGAAGUCGUCGAAAAGAAGGGGAGAUGGUUUGUACAUCCAUCCAGGAUAUUUUUAUUGGAGCAUAAUGCAAAUAGGGAUGGAAAGUUAUGCAUUUAACAAGUGUUUCCACAUCACUGAUACUCCCAAAACACCUCCUGUGACCUGCUAUUCGUUGAGCUUUCACUACAGUAGAAUGAAAUCCUUCAUGUGCCUAGACCUUUCUCAGCCAAGUUUCCUUUCAUCCUUUCUAUUUUCCUUUCAUCCUUCAUGGUACAUGGGUGUGUGAAUACAUGAACACUAAGCGCUAACUCAAGUACAUGGAAGUGUCAAUUCUCAUGGAAUUGCACAAUUGAAUGAAAAAAUGGGAUCAAUAAAUCCAGAAUUGGGCUGCCAUCGGAAGGUCAAAAUUUGGCUACAAAUCGAAAGACAAAUUUAAUUAAAUCCUAAACUAACUCUGUAUUAUUUAAUCCUUCUUUUCUCGCACUUGUGACAAUGCUUGGAGCUGAAUGCCACACACAACUUUGCUUUUUGCAUUCCACUUUUGCGUCACCACAACAAAUUGUAUCCCUUGAAGUGACAACGUCCACAUGACACCUCAGUGCUUGUGCCAUGCCUUCACAUUCGUGUGCUUGUGUCCCAAACAAGGAACAACAAUGAUGGCCCAUUGGAAGUGGAGUCAUAGGAGGAGCUGAACAACAGACACAUACGACGAAUUCAAGAGAUCCAAAUUUGAGCUGUGACAACUAAAAGGCAUAGUGGUAAUUAAUUAUUUUUUUAGAAAAGGGUUUGACUAAUGGAAAAAUUACAUUUUAGGGUCUCGGCUUCACCCAUAUAAAUAGAUUCUCUCUCCUGUUGUUUAAAUAUUCAAUGCUCAUGUUGUCAAGUUGUGACUUCUACUCUUAGCUCUCCUCCCCAUCCCUUCCCUCCCCUCUAAGAGUUUGAAGGCUUUGGAAUCGUCAAGGAUUUGAAAUUUGAGUGUUACUAUUUUGAGUUGAAGGUAGUUAUAUCUUGGUUGAUGAUUGUCAACAAAUUAUAAACACGUAGAUAGGUCAAUAUUGUCUUAAAGAGAAUGAGUUCAAUUAUUAGCGGACCUUAAUUCUCUUAUUUGGAGAGAUAAAGUUACUUGAAAGGGUGUGUCGAUACUUGAUAUCCAAAGAGGACUCAAUGACGACAGUUGACAUGAUAUCGGCAGUAGAAUUUGAGAGUAGAGGUGACUACCUUGCAAUUGGAGAUCAAGGGGGUCGUAUUGUUUUGUUUCAAAAGAAAGACAGGAAAGAUUCACAUCCUAGAAAAGUGCUAGAGCAUACAGACUAUAUUGUUACCUCGCCUCCUCUCUAUUGCUAUAAGACAGAGUUCCAAAGUCAUGAAAUUGAGUUUGAUUACCUGAAGAGUUUGGAAAUUGGAGAGAAGAUCAACAAAAUAAGAUGGUGUGCCAACCCCAAUAGUUCUCUGUUCGUUCUUUCUACAAAUGACAGAACAAUUAAGCUAUGGAAGGUCUCAGACCAUAAAGUUAAGAAGAUCAAUGAAAUGGAUUCAAAUGUGCAUGUAGCCUCAGAAAAUGCUCUUCUAUCAGAGAGAAGUUUCUUGAAUGACCAAAGAAAACCAUCUAUUCCAAAAGGUUACCAAUUAGAAUGGAAUGCUAAAAGGCCACGAAAUACAUCUACAUUCAAGGAAAGCUCUAAUGUGACAUUUGAUAUUGAAGAUUUUGCUUCCUCGAGGUGUCGUCGGGUGUACUCCCAUGCUCAUGACUACAACAUUAAUUCUUUAUCAAUUAAUUGUGAUUUGGAGACAUUCUUAUCUGCUGAUGACCUCAGAAUAAAUAUAUGGAACCUCGAAGUUAGUAACCAAUGCUUCAACAUCAUUGAUUUGAGGCCUGUGGACAUUGAGGAUCUCGUAGAGGUAAUAACUUCAGCUGAGUUUCAUCCAGCAUGCUGUAAUCUCUUAGCUUACAGCAGCUCAAGAGGUUUCAUACGACUAGUAGAUAUGAGACAAUCAGCCCUAUGUGAUCAGAAUGCAAAACUUUUUCAAGAUCGUGAAACUUUUGGGUCUAAGUCCUUCUUCACUGAGAUUGCUGCUUCUAUCUCAGACAUAAAGUUUGCUAAAGAUGGGCGACAUAUUUUAAGUCGGGACUACAUGAAUUUAAAGUUGUGGGACUUGCGCAUGGAAACCUCUCCUGUUCUUACUUUUAAGAUACAUGAGUAUCUUCGUCCCAAGUUAUCAGAUCUGUACAAUGGUGAUUUCAUUUUUGAUAAAUUCGACUGCUGUCUGAGCAGGGAUGGGUCUCACUUUGCCAGUGGGACAUACAGCAAUACUUUCAAAGUGUUCAGUCACGACAGCGGCCCUAUUGAUGGAAGUAUAUUGGAAGCCAGCAAAAUCCCAAACAGAACAUCACAUACUAGAGCACACCAAAAACACACUGGAUUGUUGAGCAGCUUUGCUCGGGGAUUCCACUGGCGAGAUCAUGAGAAUCCAAACCAUGAUAACAGUCAGGAGUUUCCUUGCGAUUUUGAUUCAAAACUGAUGCAUAUGGCAUGGCACCCUACUACAAAUUUAAUAGCUUGUGCAACAAAAUGCAGCUUGUAUAUGUACUAUGCAUAGAGGUAGCCACAAAGAGUUAAGUGUCUGAGGUAUCUCAAUCACUCAGAUGAAGUUAAACCGAACUAACCAACACAGAGUGAAGUUACGCUGCAUUGGGCCGUCGAUGAUGAUGGUUUAAAUUCGUUUGCAACGCGUGUAAUGUAAAGUUCUAAAGAUGCUUGUUUGGUAUGCCGGCUGUGAUGCUCCGGUUACAGCAUUGUUGCUUGAAGGAUUAUGCAUCGAUCUCCAUUAAGCAUACACAUUGUAUAUAUGAUAUGAAAAGGUCCUGCACCAUAACAUAAAGAAGGACACAACUCUAGAUGUGAAUUAACUUUGCAUAUUUUUGCAAAUGCAGUGUGAUGUGCAUAAAACCUAUCAUGAAGCAACUAAAUAAGCAAAUUGAAGAACACAACAUGAAGAUAUUCAUUUCACUUGAGUUGGAUUUUGUGAA